AUGUCUCAUAACCGCAAUAUAUUUUAUACCCGCCCUCCUGAUAAAACAAUCAGGCCCCCGGCAUUUCCGCCGCGGCCUGACCUAUUCGACGAAGUCCAAUGGGCUCCGCAUAUCUCUGUCGGGGACGCAAAGCUCGCUCGUCAGCUCUGGGAGCUUCCGGACUCGAUCCUCGGCCGCGUGAAAGAUCCAAAUGGCCCUUUUCAUCCACGCGAUGCUACAGCGAUGGAUGCCCUGGCGCAUAAUGUCUAUGAGCAUCUGAUGCAACAGCAUUUGAUACCACCUUCGGAAGAUAACUGGGAGCAAAGAUGGGAGAAAACCACACUUCACAACAAAACGUGGUCAGUCCAGGAAAUCUUCGACCCUGCAAAGGGGUUACACGCACAAUACCCCGAUGGCCCCACCCUGAUACAGGGACAUGAUGUAUUGAGCGCACCAUAUUGGACAGUGGACAGGUUGCGAGCAGAGCUGCACAGCCGCGGACUGGAUGGUUCAGGACGCGCGACGGAUCUUCGAAGGCGUCUGCAUGAUGACGAGCGCCGAUCCCGGGGGUAUACUUUCUUACCGAAAAGCGACCUCUCGCAUUGGGGUGUGAAUAGAAGCAACAACUUCACAUUCAAGCUCUCGGAAACAGACUCCCUCAAGCCUCUUGACAUGUAUACCUGGGCCAUCAUAUUGAGUCCCUACAACCCUGCCUAUUGGCUGAGCCGGGCUUACUGUCACUAUUUGCAAGCGUUUUUCGACCUCGCAAUUGGCGAUGCGUAUCGAGCACAGCUUCUCUGUGAAGUCCUGAAUGAUGGCCGACAGCGAAACCGCCAGCCUGGCCUUUAUCUGCGGAUCUGGAAUGCGAUUGAGCAGCAUAUCCUGGCAGAUCGUAUAAAGUCGGAGACUGAGACGUUACGGGGAAUGAACGGAAUCAACUCCUUCGUAGCUAUAAUCCGCAAAGUGCUCCAUAAUAUCAUUAGCCUCAGUCUUUCAGCGAUUGGUUCCUGGAAGGACUACAAGGUGAUGGAGCGUUAUCUGCCGGAGAGAGUUAUCUUUAGCAACUACCGUGAUGCAAGUGCCUUCGAACGCCGACAAAGGGUCCUAGAAGAUACGGCCAGAGAAUAUGGAGGCAAACGGAGCAAAGAACGCCUUUUCUACCACGAAAAAAAUGCCGGGAACGUCAACGGCGGGAAAGAGUAUCCGUACGGGGCAAACAAUAAAAACCGGACCAUGAGCGUGUCACUGGAACUCAUAAACAACAAUGUUUUCAGGGACUAUCCAAAGUGCGAGGUUCGAGCGAGUGCUGAAGAUGACUCAUUGUUUGUCGUAGCGACAGAGGAUAUUGAGAAAAAGACAUUGAUCUUUGCAGAGGAGCCUUCGAUCCGAGGGCACCUGGGAGUAGCCCAGCUUCCAAGAAAUAAAGUUUCUUACGAACCAGAAGAGCUUCGAUGUGAAAAUUGCCGCAGGCCCAUUGAUGUUGAUGUCCUGGCUCGGUAUGAUAGUGAAAGCACUACCAUCAAGAACGGGACCCAUCCAGAAGCCUGCCCCUGUCAUCUCCUAGAGGCUAAAGAGCGUUUGUGUUUCUGUCCGUCGGAUCCGCAACAGGAAACUACAUGCCUCCAGAUAGCCCAGGGAUUAUACCAUUACCGGGUCUGUGGAAAGAAUUGGGACUGGCUACACGAUGCAAUGCGUGCUAGGAUCACGCCCUGGAAAAGGUCCCAUCAUUACACCGAUCUCAAGGGCCAUCUCGAGGACCAUAUAAAUUUCUUUACGCACACGAACGAGAAUCACGGAACAGCCCUGAGUCUCCUCUUACGAGAAGUCUUCGAUAUCACCCUGAUGAGACGUAUACGGACGGGAGACUCGAAUAUCAUGGCGCACGAAAUUGACGAACUAGCCAUGCUUGAAGAUCCCAAGUCCUGGUCCAAUAGCUGGUUUCCGUUUACGUUUGCCGCAAAUAUCAGAGUCCCGUUCGACAUUCUCCUGCAACUGGGCGUCGACAUAUUCAGCGACCUCUCCUUCGACACCUGGGUCAUCCAGACUGUCCUACGGAAACUGAUCAUCAACGCCGUACCCUGGGACGAUAAAUGGCGCGGGGACAUCGAACGAGUCAAGCGAGAAAGACUUGGUACAAAUGGAGAACUGCCAGGCACAACAGCUCAGAAAGCUAUGCUAAAUGAAAGGAAGAGCUUCGACGUAUUUAACCCGGACUUCGAAACGCUGUACCUAUUCUCUGGUUUUAGCUUGUUCAACCACGCCUGUAACUACCGAGGAAAUAAUGCGAACUGGGGAUAUGAUGAGGAGAUCCCGAAUCGUAUGCUUGUGUGGGCUGCUGAGGAUAUCCCCAAGGGCACCGAGAUACGCAUCCCAUACAAGUACAGGCCGAUGUCCUCUAUGUCUGCGCAGCGAAUCCUUGGGAAAGACUGCCAGUGC